AUGGUAACUCCCAUUGGGAAUACCGUUGAUGAUUCCUGGCAGGCUGCAAUUGCAGGCACCAGUGGUGUCGUUUCAAACCCCUAUUUUGAUACCGAAGACUACAGCGCAAAAAUUUGCGCGCCGGUGAAAGACUUCGAUAUUACCCAGUACAUGUCCGCCAAAGAAGCGCGUCGAAUUGAUGGUUUUAUUCAGUUCGGGAUGGCAGCCGGCAGUCAGGCCAUCGCGGAUGCGGGACUGGAAGAUCAUCCUGCAGAUGCCGAUCGCAUCGGUAUUGCCAUCGGCUCAGGCAUUGGUGGUAUUAAUCUAAUUGAAGAAACCCACUCGACGCUGCUUAAAAGCGGGCCGCGUCGGGUCUCGCCGUUUUUUGUGCCAGGUUCGGUCAUCAACAUGAUUUCCGGAAACCUGUCGAUUAAAUAUGGCUUCAAAGGCCCUAACAUUGCCAUAGUCACGGCCUGUACAACGGGUACCCAUAAUAUUGGUUUCGGUGCACGCAUGAUUCAGUAUGGCGAAGCCGACGUCAUGGUUGUGGGUGGCUCGGAGUUUGCGACUUCACCCAUCUGCGUUGCAGCUUUCAGUUCCAUGAAAGCUCUAUCGACACGGAACGAUGAACCGGAACUGGCAUCACGCCCCUGGGAUGAAGACCGCGAUGGUUUUGUCCUGGGUGAUGGUGCUGGCGUAUUGGUGAUUGAAGAGUAUGAGCGUGCCAAGGCACGCGGCGCUAAAAUUUAUGCCGAAGUGCUUGGGUUUGGUAUGAGUGGCGAUGCUUAUCACAUUACCGGGCCUGCAGAAAAUGGCGAAGGCGGUGCGGCGGCAAUGGUGAAUGCUCUGAAAGAUGCGUCGCUUAAUCCCGAAGACCUUGGCUAUCUGAAUGCUCACGGUACCUCAACACCGCUGGGUGAUGUGGCGGAGACAAAAGGCAUAAAGUCGGUCUUUGGCGAUGACACAAAGCUGGCAGUGAGUUCAACCAAAUCGAUGAUUGGUCACCUGCUUGGUGCAGCGGGUUCCGUUGAAGCGAUAUUUACCGUGAAGGCACUGGCAGAUCAGGUUCUACCACCAACAAUUAAUCUGCAUAACCCGAGCGCUGAGUGUGAUCUGGAUUAUGUGCCCAACGAAGCACGCAAGGUCAGCAUCAAGACCGCGGCGAGCAAUUCGUUUGGUUUUGGGUUUGUCGCUGCUGCAUUGGUGUACUGGCAAUUUCUGCGAUGGGCUGACACACCGGUAAGUGCUGAUGCAGAUCUUGUCAUCAAUUUCACUGUUGGCGAAUCCCUGGCUACCCUGGCUGACGAACUGGCCGAUGCAAACUACAUGUCUGAUGAGUGGCGUUUAGUUCUGUUGGGUCGGUUUACUGGUGCGGAUACCCGUCUGCAGGCCGGUGAAUAUCAGUUCGAACGAACGGCAACGCCGCGGCAAUUGCUCAGCAAGCUGACCCGCGGAGAUGUUGUUCGUCACGCCUUCCGUAUUGACGAGGGUAUUACCGUCCUGCAGCUGCUGCAGCAGCUGCGCAAGCAUCCGGCGUUACAGCAUACCCUGCAAGCCAGAGAUGCCCAGAGCCUGGCAGAUGCCCUGGCGCUGUCAAAGGCUUCUGCUGAGGGUUUAUUUUUUCCUGACACUUAUCAGUUUACUCGGGGUCAUACUGAUGUGCAGCUGCUGCAACGCGCAGCGGCAGCGCUUGAUACGGCAUUGAUGGAAGUCUGGCAGAACCGCAGUGAGCGCUCUGUUUUAGACAACCCUUACGAAUUACUGGUGCUUGCUUCAAUCAUAGAAAAAGAAACGGGUCGUGCGGAAGAUCGCGAGCAGAUCAGUCAGGUGUUUCAUAAACGACUGGCGGACAAUAUGCGUUUACAGACAGACCCUACAGUUAUUUAUGCGCUGGGCGAGGACUUUGAUGGCGACUUAACCCGCGCGCACCUGCAGGUUGAGUCACCUUUUAAUACUUAUCGCGUUCGGGGCCUUCCACCAACGCCGAUUGCAACCGUCUCACGUGCCUCACUGCAUGCCGCCGCACACCCGGCAUCGGGUGAAUAUGUCUACUUUGUCGCAAAAGGCGAUGGGGCCAGUCAGUUUUCCCGCACCCUGGCUGAACACAACAAAGCUGUGCGCAAAUACCAGCUGGGGUUGACGGACGCAGGUAUUGAUGUUUAUCAAACCCGCGAACCUGGUGGGACGCCGAUGGCGGAAGCCAUACGUGAGGUGAUGCUGGCAGAUUGGCAGGAAAGUGUCAGCGGUCUAACCGAGCUUCUAUUAGUGUUUGCCGCGCGACACCAGCAUUUGAUCCAUGAAAUCAAGCCGCGCCUGGCCUGCGGGCAGUGGGUUGUUUGUGAUCGCUUUACCGAUGCUUCCUACGCUUAUCAGGGUGUUGCGCGGGGCACACCGCUGGCUUACGUAUCGGCUUUGGAAGAUUGGGUGCAGGAGGGGCUGCGGCCUGACCUGACGUUGUACCUGGACCUCGAUCCGGAGAUUGGGCGAAAACGCAUAGCCGACCGCGAACAGGAUCGGAUGGAAAAUGAACAGGCUGAAUUUUAUCGGGCGGUAAGAGCGGGUUAUCUGCAGCGCGUGGAAACAGAACCUGCAAUGCAGUUGAUAGAUGCCAGUCAAUCAAUCGUAUCGGUGCGUGCUGCCAUGCUUGCGAUAGUGGAUCCCUUUAUCCAGCAGAGUCUGGCAGAUAUUGCGGGCAUGCUGUUACAGACACCCCUGCCAGACAAUGAAAACGAGUUUGCUCACCCUGAUUUUCGGUGGGUAGAGCCAGAUGGGGCGGAAAUUAAAAUAGCUGAAAUACGCCGGGUCACUGAAUUCGCUGUACAAACCUCACAGAUAGCGCCGCGCAAGGUUGUGGCCAUUUUUGAUGCCCAUCUGCUUAAUCGCGCAGCGGCCAAUGCGCUACUGAAAACGCUGGAAGAGCCUCCUCCAAAUACCCACCUGGUGCUUGCCACCCCGUUUUGGAGUCGUCUGAUGCCCACCGUGCGCAGUCGCGCUCAGCGUUACAGUCAGCGUCCGGAUCAUACUGCUGCGCGUAGCUGGCUUGAGCAGCAGGGGGUUUCAAUUUCAGAUGUCGAUUAUGCAACCGCGGGCUAUGCACCGUUGAAUGCCCUUGAGACUGCCGGCGGUGCAUCGCUCGAGAAAUGGCUGGAGAGCCUGCCUCGUAUCGAUCUGGCCGCGGCGCUUGAACAAGCCCAGAGCGCUGGUGUCAUGAUCUGGCUCGAUCAGUGGUACCGGCGAUUGCUGGCGCAUCUGAGCGACGCCCCCCUUGCGGGAAUACAGGCUGAAGCGGCUGCAGUUUUGAGUUUUACAGAUGCACUUUUGUCUGCCAGGCGGCAGAUUGAUACCUCGAAUUCAGCCAAUCAACGUCUCCUGCUGGAAGCGUUGAUUGUGCGCUGGGUUGCGCUAAACGGAAUACUGUCUUUGGCGAUCAAAGAUAAAGCCGUUCUUUACGCGGCUUACAUGCCAUUUGUGCAGAAUGGCGGCCUGUUUAUUCCCACCAAAAAAGAAUAUGACCUGGGUGAUGAGGUAUUCAUGUUGCUGAACCUCAUGGACGAGGCUGAAAAAAUACCGGUUGCCGGGAAAGUCGUCUGGAUCACCCCGAAAGGUGCCCAGGGUAACCGCGCGGCCGGCAUUGGUGUGCAGUUCAAUGACCAGGACGAUGUGGCCCUCGGGGCCAUCGAACGCGCGCGCGAGCGCGGCGUGAACGAGUGUCUGUGUAUUGGCGUUGAUCAACCUGCUAUUGAAGAAGUGCUGCAGUUUGCGGCCGACUAUGAACAUAUCUGGGCCAGCGUUGGUGAACACCCCGGUAGCUGUAGUGGUGAUGCAUCCUGGGUGACUGAAUAUAUGCACCGCCCGAAGGUGGUGGCCCUGGGCGAAAUGGGUCUGGACUAUCACUAUGUUGAAGACCCUGCUGCCCAAGCGCUGCAGCGCGAAACUUUUGCCCAGCAACUGGCGUUGGCAGACGAACACAACUUUCCGGUGAUCAUACAUACACGUGCUGCCCAGGAGGACACGCUGGCACUUAUUCGUGAUUUUCCCGGCGUCACCGGUGUUCUGCACUGUUUCACUGAAUCCUGGGCGCUGGCCAGCGCGGCCAUCGAGCUGGGCUACUACGUAUCAAUUUCAGGGAUUGUUACGUUUAAGAAUGCCGCCAACGUCAGAGAGGUUGCGCUGCAGAUUCCAGAUGAGCGUCUGCUGAUCGAGACCGAUGCGCCUUAUCUGGCGCCGACGCCUAAUCGUGGUAAAAAAAACGAACCAGCCUUUGUCACAGACACUGCUGCAUUUCUAGCUGAAUUGCGCGGUGUUGAGUUGCACACGCUGGCGCAAAAUACCCGGGAUAACUUUUUUCGCCUCUUCAGUCGCGCGGGCUGA